UCAGGGGGUGAUGAGGCGCUUUUACCACUGGGUGGCAUAACUGAGCAAAACCGGAAGUUUUCAACUGCGCAUGCCCAAACGGUCGCGCGGAUAAUUCGAGUUUUAUUUGAAUCCGAGUGCAAAACAGUGUCGCGGAAAGACAGAAUUAUGUAGCGCAUAACAAUGGCGAAUGUCUCUAAUCUGCCUGGCUUGGCUUCGGAUGCAUCCAGAGAAUUAUUAGAGUCUUCCAGCUCUGGUUUGAACAGUAGGAGUUUACGUGUGGCAGAAAAUGUGAGAAAGAAGGGCGAGACCAACCAGUUUCAGCUGGCGCUGAGUUAUCUUUCAAACGUGCAGGAAGGCACAGUUGUAAGAGGCAAUGAUGAACUAGAAAGGAACUUGGUUGUGGUGGAGACUGUUGCUCUCUGUCAUGGUCUUCCACCAGAUGCUAUCUCAAUGCUUCUGGACUUGGCACUAAGCCUCCGUGCAGGGGGUGUGACCUGUUUGCGGAUUUUGAAGUUUUUGAUACCUGCUUCAGUAGUGCCUCAGGAAGCCAUUGUACGAUGUGUGUCAUGGCUGUGCAUGGGGAAAAUGACAAUUAAUGCUCAGGUCCUUUUUCUCCGCUGGGUUCUUACUGUUUUUGACCUUAUUGACUGCAAAGACCAGCUGAGAUCCAUCUAUGGCUUUAUUUUCAGCUUUGUGACUGAAGAAAAUCUGUGUCCUUUCAUCUGCCACUUGUUGUACCUUUUAACAAUGAAAGAACAUGUGCAGCCAUACAGAGUGAGAAAACUGAUGGAUAUUCAGACCAAAAUGGGCAGGCAGCCCUUCCUCAUGCAGCUGCUUGCUGUGUACAAAGUCUUUCGGCCAGAGCUGGUGACACUCUCUGUGCCAUCAAGAAUGAGGACUGGCUUCAAGAACUACAAUUCCACUUGGAAAGCAGCUCUGAGCUCUGUCCAGAAGAAGAACAGGCCUGAAGUUAUGGCUGACCUUAAUCUCAGUGUGGAGCUGAAAGGCAAAUCCACUUCCAGAAAAAGGAAACUCCAUCAUCUGGAGGUUCCUGGCUUGAACUCGGCAUUUGACACUAACUCUGAGAGGAAAGUUUUCCGUCUACAGGAGUUGCGAUCUUUCACCCAGCUGCUGCAAAACAUUCACAACAUAGAGCUGCCGGCCCAAAUGGGCUCUUUGCUCGGAUCCUCUUUAGCCCUGCACUACCUGGACUGUGUACAGGAUGAGUCUGCAUUCCUGCGCCUUAACUUCUGGCUCGGGCACUCCCUUCAGGAGGAGUUUUUGCUAUGUCCUGAAGAUGGGGGCUCAGACAGCCUUUCCGAGGCAUCUGCAUUCCUGAGUACCAUCCUCUCCUCGCAACAGUUUCUCCAGGAGGGAUUCUUCAGCACAGAGAGUUUUCUCUACAAGUUCCUGAGCGUGUGGGAUGGCUCACUGCUGCGCUCCCAGAUUUUGGAUCUUCUCAGCCACAUCCCCCUGAUGUCCAGCCAUUAUAUCAGAAUGCUUGUCUUUGAGCCACUGAUUCAACUCUACUUCACCUCUAAUGUGUUCUUUAAGUGCAGUGUCAUUGAGUGUCUGAACAGUAUGCUGCUUAAAUGGCUGACCUGGCAUUCUGUCAACCCUCUCAUGGAGUGCCUAGACCUCAGCGUCGUCAACAGCAGUACAAUAACUAUGACCCUGUCCGGGUUUAUAGAUACAGUCACAGAGCUUGUGAGCUUUGUGGGACUUCUGGCUACUGAGGGACUGCGUCUGGAGAACUGCCACAUUCUACUCCUCAACCAUACACUCAACUUCUACGAGACGGUAUGUGACAUGUUGGUGAAGUACGGCUUGCCUCUAGUUAUCAUGCCCCCAGCCGGUGUGUUUUAUCCAGCUCUUCUUGCCACAGACUCACUCACUGUGGAUCGAUUGGGUUACAUCAUGUACAGAUACAGGAAAAAUCUGACUUUGGCAAAAAAACAGGAGCAGCAAAAUGAGCAAACCUUUCACAUAAGCCGAACCACAUACCAAGAUUUUAAUAAGCAGCUUGUGGCCAUGGUGAGCUGUCUGUGGAACUCCAAAUCGUUCUUGCCUGGUACAAACAGUGAGAUUGACGAGCACCUGCUUAUCCAGAGCAAGGUACCUAAGUACUGGAGCCGCUUUGAUCUUGUUCACCAUCCAGCCUUCUUCAAGUAUGCCAUUGAGUUUCACCAGAAGUGCUGGCCAGAGAGGACCUGUGUGGACCUGGCCUCCAUAAAGGUUGGAAGAUACUGGAGCUGGUAUAUGGAGUUUCUUUUCUGCCAAGGAUUUGAUGGCCUAAAUGACUUCAUCCAGGUCAACACAGGACAGAGCAGCUCCUCCAGCUCUAGUUAGCUGUGCGUCAGGACGCUCAAGGAUCACGUCUUACCUGCUAAGCUGCACAGAGACAAUGAUUCUUUGUUUGAAAGGUCAUGUACAUAUUUUAUGGUCUUUUCCAGAAGGACGUGGAGGAAACCACAGUGGAACUGUAUAUAAAAGUGUAUAUUAUUUCUGUUGCGUGGGUCUGAGAAGAGAGUUUGUAACUAUAUAUUUUUUGUCUUUUUGCAAUCUGUAGCUUCUGAUUAUUUUUAUUUCUGCUGUCUAACGCCCAUUGCACAUGUACGUUUUUAUGUAAUCUCUGAAAGAUUGCAGUGCAGUGCUUAAUGAAGCUUAACUGCACUUUCAUUUGACCAUAUGAAGCUCCAAUUUUAUGCUGUUUAACCAGUGCAGUUUUCAUUUGAACUCUUGUUUGAACAACGAAUUAUGGUUAAGUUUUGAACUUCCA